GGCAGCGGCGGCGGCGGUGAGGGCACACUCUUAGGCCGCGAACGAGGCUGCCCGGCGGCCGCGCCAUGGACUCGGGCGCCGAGGAGUACGAGCUCAACGGCGACCUGCGCCCGGAAUUCCCCGAAGCUCCGCACACCUCGGUGCUGCCCUGGGGCCGGAGAAGCCAGCCCAUCAACAUGAACCAUUACGCCAACAAGAAGAGUGCGGCUGAGAGCAUGCUAGACAUCGCCCUGCUGAUGGCCAACGCCUCCCAGCUCAAGGCCGUGAUUGAGCAGGGCCCCAGCUUCACCUUCUUUGUGCCCCUUGUAGUCCUUAUCUCCAUCUCCCUUGUUCUCCAGGUUGGCGUGGGCGUGCUGCUCAUCUUCCUCGUCAAGUACGACCUCAACAACCCAGCCAAGCAUGCCAAGCUGGACUUCCUCAACAACCUGGCCACGGGCCUGGUGUUCAUCAUCGUGGUGGUCAACAUCUUCAUCACGGCCUUUGGUGUCCAGAAGCCGUUGAUCGAUGUGGCGCCCCAGCAGUAGGGAGCUCAGGGUCCCCGGUGACUCCUGCCGACAGCUUGGUGCCCAAAACCAAGAGCUACUCGUCCCACGGUGUCUGACUCCCGUGGCACCUCCCACGUUGCCCGCGGCUGGGAAUUCCUCCAGGAUGAGCUUCACCUGAGCGCCAUCGGCUAGACCUGUGUGCUGAGCUGUGGCAGGCCCACAGGCUGGAACUAAAGACCCCUCACCCCUCCUCUGAGAGCUGUGCCCCAUCUCACAGCAGGCCAGUGAGGGGCCACGACCCACCCCAGGACACAGAGCCAGUCCAGGACAGGCCAGCUGUUGGCUCUCAGCCCUCUGUCUCAGGACAUUCCAGAGGGACAGAGAGACACCCCUCUCCCUCUGCCGAUGCCACCAGCCUCCCAGGCCUCAUGGGGACCUGAGCCACCCAUGCAACACAGUGCCUUCUGCCCGCUUCCUAGCCAUGGGACACUGACAGCCCAAACCCCCUUUUGGCACUGGGGUUGGGCUUGGUGCCUUGGCUGUGGCGGGUACCCCAAGGGAGCCUGGAUGGCCUGGGCCUGGGCCUGGACCUGGCCCUGUGCCCGCCCACCCUUGGACCCGACUGCCUUCCACCAGCAGCAAUGGGGCAGAGCCCCAAGCCCAUCUGUUUUCUAAGCAUGAAACAAUAAACCUCCUGGCUCCAGGUGCCGCAUCCUCCACUGGCUGGGUCAGGACCAAGUGUACAUGAACUUUAGGGGAGGAGCAGCCUCCGGAUCUCUGAAUAUACCUGUGUCCUCAGCACAGGGCUGUGUGACGGUUAGUGGUGCACAGGGCUCCGACCCCACAGCGUCACAAGCAACCCCAAGCCCCGGGUGAUGACCGAAUGUAUACUGAUUCAGCCAUCCAGCUUCUGGGACCCCACACUGACGAGUUUUUCCUUGCUCCCAGCCCACUUAGACCUGCUGGACAAAAGUCCCAGCACUUUUCCCACUUCCAUACUGGGCUCAACUGCACGUCACCUUUCUGGGCCAAGCAUCUCCUACUCUGAUGUCAGGGUUUGUGAUUCGUCCUUUCCCCUAUUUCAUAAACUGAAAGAGCCCCGGUGCUUGCAGGGAGGGCUGUGUGGCCAUCUCUGGGGCCGUGCCCUGCCCUGCAGUCAUGUCCAGUACUACCUCAUCCAUCAGUAGUGACGUCCCAAGGGUCAGCGUGGGAGGAGGGUUGGGGACGCGUGGCAGGAUGACAUCCCAAGGCCGCAGGAGUCAUUCGAAUCAUCAGCUCACGCCACCCACUGUGGUUGGUGCCUGUGAGGCCAAAGCUGACUUAUCGCAUGCUGGGGGUCCCGCUGUAUCCUCACCUCACCCACACUGGAGACCCCACCCACCCCAUCUUGUGUUCCAUCUUCCCUCACCCCUGCCCCAGGCCUCACUGCCCUUCCCCUGGGCCCCCAACUCUCCCCGUCCCUCCACUAGCCUCUUCCAUCCCGCAAUGGAGUGGAGAUGCUCCAGUGGCCUCAGGCCAACACCCUGUCCCAUCUCACCUCCAGUCCUUGCCUUGGGGGCUCCUCUACAGUGUCCUGCUUGUGGGGACCUCCUUGGCCCUCUGCCUUCCCCCUCGUCCACACAGUUUUCUAGAGCCCCAGGCUGCCAAAUUGCCAAAGCCUCCCUUCUCUGUCACUGUUCAUUCCUUCCCAACCUGGUGGAGCCUGCUGAGACUGAGGGUCUCUGAGAGCUUUGAGCCUUAAAUGGCUCAAUACCCCUGUGGGCUUACAUGUGGGCCUAGUUGAUUAGCUUAGAAAAGCCUCCAUUGAGUAAUCAAUAACAGAAGUACUCAUGGCUGAAAUGAUCGGAUCCUGGGUUUACUAUAAAAUACUCUAGGAAGGAAAAAGCAGGGGAAGUAGAGGCAGCAGAGUUGAGACGUGAUUGGUAUGUGGAGUGGGGCUCAUGCUUUCUGCCUCUGUGGGUGCUCGUUUGUUCCCCAGGAGCAUGUUCAGGCAUUAAGCCCCAUGUACAGUGAUUGCCAAAGAGCACUUGGUUGAAGAACCAAGAUGUGGAGCUGCGCUGGUGUGUGUUUGCACGUGAGGUAAGAAGAUGUGGGGUCGGUGGGUGGGUGCUGCAACUUGGGGCUUGUGAGUAGGAGAGGGCACCUGGGAGCAGGUGUGUGCAGACGCCCUAAGGGUACCCCAGAAUGCAGGUGGGGGUGGGAGGACUUGGGUAGCUGUGGAGGGUGUGGGAGGGGCUAUGCUGGGAGCAUGAGGGACUGAUGGGCCUCAGUGCUGUGAUGGGAGGGUCUUCUCCCCAGCACCCCACUCUCGGUGGCCUGCCCCUCCCUGUCCAGUGACCCACCCUCACACGGUCCCCAGGGGCAUGCCUACAUAACCCGGGUACAGCCAGGCACAACAGCUCCCUGGCCCAUCACACUCCAACUUGUCCCCUCCCCAAAAGCCCUCUCCAAACACCUCCAGGAAGCUCCCCUGGCACGUUUUCCCACACGAACUUGUGCACCUUUGAGAACAGGGAUGAUGGCUGCCUCAUGGCAGUCCCCAGCCUGCCUGCCCCUGGCCCGGUCCAUGUAUACACUGCCCGGGUACAGAGUGUGGCCCAAUGGGCUGGCAGCGAGCUGGCCGGCAGCCAAUUGUGAGGCAAUGGCAGCAGUGUACUUGGUCUCGUGAGGCAGUACCAGGUCAAGUGUGUUGGCCAACACAUGGCUUAGUUCCUCCUUUGGCUAGGACAGUAAGUUCACCCAUAAGGGAUGCUAGAGGGGGUGAGCUCCAGAUGGCUGGGACUGGUUGUCCUGAGGUCCCUGAGCCUCCAGGGCUGGUGGGGAACAGCCCAUGCACGAGCCCUCUGGUCUGGCAUUGGAAGAUCAAUGAGGUGGUCAUCAUGGCUGGGCAGAGCGGCAGUGGGGGCCAGAGGGUAUAUGGGGGGCAAUCAUGUAGAGCUUGGAGGCUGGCCAAAGUAAAAUGGGAGCAAUAACAGAGGGCUAUUUUCUUAACCUCCUCAUGGUAAAAAAAAUAGAUGAUAGGUGAUGGAUGGAUGGAUAGAUAGAUGAGAGAUAGAUGACAGACAGAUGAUGGAUAGAUGAUGUGGAUGAUAGACGAUAGCACUGAGCUGGCUGGCCGCCCUACAGGCCCUGCCCAGUCACAGCUGCUUCCCCUGCCUCAGGUAUCUGCCAUCCUGACUUUUACAGUAAUUACCUGCUCCUGUUUCUUUAUAGUUGAUGUGUCCUUGUGUGCAUCCUUAGACAUCUUACCCAGUAAAACAUUUCAUGUGUCUUCUAAGUCUCAUUUAGUCUCCAGCACACAUCCCACUCCAUCUCUCUUUUCGUACAAUUUAUCCAUUGAAGAUCCUGCCCAUUUGACCCACACAGAGGAGGACAGAAUCCAAAUUGAGUUCCCAGGCCCCUCGGGCUGCGUGGGGAUGGUGGGGGUGAGGGCAAAGGCAGGGAGGCCAGUGGGAGGUGUGGGGCUUGGCCUGGGGGCUGGGCCGGUGAGAAGAAGGGUCCGCUCAGGGGCUAGUAUUUAGCAGGUAAUAUGACAGCGUUUGCUGCUCAGCCGGGUGGGGCCUUGAACUGACAUCUUCCCUCCUUCAUACCCCAGCCCACACCCCAGGAAAAUGCACUCCAGCAUUAGAGACUGUGCAAACAAGCUGUACUGCAGGCUGGAGGCGCCCAGAUAUCCCAGUGCAGAGAUGAGCGCUCCUGGUCCUAGCUCUGACCAGGUCCCUCUCGCAGCCUUUCUCCCCCCUUUCUCUCCCUCACCCCACCUUUUCCCACCCACUGUCCUCCCCCUUCUUCUUCUGCCCCCAUCUCCCUGUCUCUCCUCCCUCACGCCUUUCUCCCAUCUGCGUAACUAAAACGUAGUUCCUAUUUCCUCAUCGCAUCACUGCUAAAAGUCAGGGAGCUGGAUGUGUGCCCGUUUUCCUUCUCUUUCUCUCAAUACUUAUUUUUGGGGAAACACUAGGCCAGGCUGCUAUGAGGACCCAGGCUACCAGCUCGGCAGCCCAGCCAGAAGGAGCUACCCCAGCAGCAGCUCAUGCCGGACCACCAGGUCCACCACUGCCCUGUGAGCGCAUUGGCCUGUGUCACCACCGUUUCCCCUGCAAGACCUGGCUGCCACCCUCUGUGUGCAUGUCUGCUGCCCAGCUCUGCUAACAAGACUCGGGGCCAGGCCCAGCUGAGGGAGAGCCUGCACAGGUCCCUGUCCCCACCUGGUGAGAGAACAGCACCCACCUGCCCCCAUCAGUCAUCCAUUCAGUGAGGAGGUGCUAGCAACAGUGGCAGCAAGCCAGGCCUGGCCUUGCAGACACUUCUCCUGCUGGUGUGAAGAUGGGUGCCCAGGCCGACUAGCAGGUACCUAACCCAUGUGCUGGCCAGCCCGUGGUGGGGAGGGGUGCCCAGUGGCUGCAGAGUUGCUGGGGGACCCUGGGAAGCCCCCUGAGCCCAUCCGUAAAGGGCUUCAGCACUGGCCUGCAAAGGCUGUGACUCAGCAGGGACUGGAAGAGGUGACCUCAGUUUUCAGCAGUGUCAGCACCUACACCCCAGCCCCCAACCUCAGGACCCUGAGCCCUGCAGAGUCAACAUGUCUGUUUCCUGUCCCAGGAGGGGAGCCUGGCUUGUGCAAAAUGCAGCUGCCUAUCCAGGCCUGGCAUGCACAGCCUGUCCUCUCUGUCUGUGCCCUGGCCCCUCCUCCUGGGCAUCCAAGCCAUGGGGGCCAGCCCGUGGCAUGCCUCUGCCGUGACUGGGAGCUCCUCCAGCCCCUGCCCAGCCCCUGCUACAGCCAGAGGCAGGGAGGGGAGAGAACAACCUCUCCUAGCUGGAAUAUCAGGGAAGGCUUCCUGGAGGUGGUGGCAUUUCCCUAAGACCUGAAGGACAAGCAGGUGGGGUGGGUUAGUAAGGAGCAUUCCAAGCAGAGGGAACAGCAUGUUGAGGAUGUGGGGGCAUACAGCAGGUGAUGGGGACACGGGGGACAGAUAGUGAGGGCCCUGAGCCCCACCCAGCCUCGGGAGUCACCCCAAGGGUACUAGGGAGCCACGGCAGGCCUCUGGCAGGGGAGGGUGUGGCCUAAGGUACUCUUACACACUUACGGAUCUAAGUCAGUCCGGGUCUCUGGCACCGGCUGCCAGGUGCCUGGCAGGCAGGAGCCCGAUGGGGAUUGGGCUGAGGGCUAGACACAGGUGGCCCCCACCCCACAGCUCUCAGCCCAGAGGGAAGGCCCUUAGGGGAGCAUCAGCCAGCUGGGAGUUGGGCAGAUCAGAGAGGCCGGGCUGACUGACCAGCAGAGGCUUUGCUGGUGAGUGGGGAUGUGGCUGACCUCAACUCAGGCACGGUCUGGGAUGGGGUCACAGGUGACUGGGGGUUGGGAGGAGUCUAGUGGCAACCUGAGGUCCAGGGAUUAGAGGUUCCAGGGCAAGGCCUCAGUGGGUCGGGACCAAAGGGGGUGAGGGGAUUGCAGAGAAAGCCUUCCUGCCCAAGCCCAAGGACAGGGUUCCCCAGCCCCACAGCCCACAGAACAAAGCCUACAGGCUGGCACCAUGCAGUCACCAUCCAUCCCCCUUGGGCGGCAUCUGCAGAGACGGCACCCUCCCAGGUUGGCCCUGCAGGCCAUCUUGGACUGGCCCCGGGAAGGCUCGCUCUCCACACCCCACCAGCCUCUGCUGCCAUUUCUUCUCACCUGGAGGCAGCCUCAGGGCGGCCAGAUUCAAGGGCCUUCCUAUGCCUGAGCUGCUGGUCUCUGUCCAGUUUCUUCAUUCACUUCCUAACAGGGACCUUCAGCUGAUGUGGAACUAGCAUUGAACACCCCAAAACCCCUCCCUCAUUCUCUAGGGCUGAUCCCCCCUGCCGGCACCCCUAUGUCCGCCCUUCACCCCAGGCAUUUCAGUCAGGGCGCAGGACAGGAAUAGAAGCCACCCAGGGGAUCAGGAGGGAGGAAUGAACCUGGAAUUAGGAGUGUGUACGGUUUUUGUUUUUUUUUUUUUUAUGGUGGGGGAUGGCCUGGACAUCCCCCGUAGUGGCUGCAGCUUCUCUGCUUCCCCCUCCUGAAAGCCAUAGAGUGGAGUCUGGGACUGAGGCUGCUGCAGAGAAGGGUCCCUUUGCCCCUUUCUGCCCCUCUCGCCGGCAGGCCGCGGAGCACCAGUGCCUGCGAUUAGCGGCACCCAUUUGACACCAGGGCUUGGGUGCCAGGUAGCGUGGGAGAUGUAGUGCUCAGAGUUCCAGCCCCCGCCCACAGGCCGCAGGAACACUGUGCCCCUCAACAGGCUGCAAGAGGAUCACCCCGCUACAGGCCGCAGGAGGACCACCCCUCCCACAGGCCCCAGGAGGACGCCUGGAAACAGAGGGGGCAGGGUCUAGGUGUUCUCUUCCCCAGGCUCCGGAGCCACAGGGGGGAACCUCAGUCGCUCCUGCCUGAGAGCCAUCCCUGGGGGAUGGUCACUGGAGCCCCAUAAAGGCUGCACCAGCAGCACUGUCGUCACUCCCAGGACGAUGGCCUGCCUGCUGGCACCCUCUGAAGCAGAGGCCAGUCCUGCCGGAAAACCCCAGCCCCAGAAAAUACAGACUCAUGAUGAUGCUGCAGAGUGACAAGUAUUUGUGUUUGCCCUAGAAAAGGCUGGGGGCGGGGGAGCUGACAUCAGGGGGUGGGAGACAUCGGAGGCCUAGGCCAGGGUGCCAGUGUGUGGGGGUGGCGGGAGGCACUCAGAAGUCCCUGCUCCUCGCUGCCUGCCAUGUGGUCUGCGGCUCUCAGCUACAGCUUCCUCGUCUGUAAAGUGAGGUAACACAGACUGGGCGACAGAGACGGAGCUGACAGCAGAGGCUGGUGGGUGUCAUCACCCUGGAGCGAGGCUUAGGUGAGGAGCUGCCUACUGCCACAGCUCACCCUGCCUGGCCGAAUGGCGGGGGGCCCAGAGGUGAAGCCACAGGCAACUACCCACCCACUCUUGCCUUUGUAUGUUCAUUCUCGUGACCACAGGGGCAUUUCCACAGGAUCCUGAGGCCUGAGGCUGGCAGGUGACACAAGCCAGUACAGCCAUUCCAAUUCAAGGGAGAGGGGCUCUGUGUCCCCAAGAAGGGCUGAGGGGCCCCAGGCGCUGAGAGGGACAAAAGAGGAAGUGGCUAAACCCUAGGCUGCAAAGCAGGGCAUGAGGAGCCUGUGCCACGAGCUCAAAACCAACAGUUACGUUUUUCAUCUCUAAAGUUCUAGAUGGUCCUCUGGGUUGUCUUGUCCUCAGAGUUCAGAUCCUCUCUUUAGGCUGAACUCAUGUUACACUGCCUUACUUGAUAGUCUCUGCCGGGGGUCACUGCCACUCUUCAGGGGUGUGGUUCUGAGUUGUGACCCCUUUGGGUGAGGCUGCAUGGUGGGAACUCAUGAUACCUGGAGUGAGGGGGCCUUCCAGAGCAGCACACAAGGCCUUUACUCUCAGGUCCUGGAACCUGUGAAUCAUGUAAAUCAGAGCCCCAAGAAGCAGGCCAUUAAGUCUGCCAUUGCCCGAGGGUGGGGCGCAGCCCCCUUUCCAGGGGAGGGGGUAGAGGAAGAGAGGAGCCAAGGACUCUAACUGCCUCAUUGUGGUGAUGACAAUGACAAUGAAGCUGUCACCAGGGAAAGGACUCAGGGGAGGAGCUGGUGAAGAGGUACGGGUCUCCUCGGGACACGCCAAGUGGAGGGCGGCAGGAAUGACAACGGCAGGGGAGAAGGGAAGAGUGGCGGACGUGGCAUGAGCUCAGAUGGGUCUGAAGUCCCAUCUGUGCCCAUUGUUGGCUGUGGGACCUCAGGCAGUGACUUCCUUCUCAGUUUCCUCGCCGUGGGCCCCCUAGACGCUGACAGAGCUCACAGCACACACCCCGCCCCACCCAUGGCAGGCAAGGUCCUUCUGGGUUCACAGACGCAGUGGGAGGGAAAGGGUGGGGGGUGCGCCCAGGCCUGGAACACUGUCUGGCCUGCGGGUAUCAGCACGGGGCUCUGCGAUGGCAGGAGCAGACAGGCUGAGGUGGUGGAUGAGGGCCCAGGCAGGGGACAGCCGGGCAUCGGCUGGUGAAAAGCUGGUCCCCUAGCAUGGAGCGGUGUGAGGAGGGACAGUGGUUGGAGAGGAUGUAUGGACUUUAUGUCCUGGGGGGCCUGGGAAGGGAGGAAGGCUGGGAAGAGCUCUGGCUCAACUCGGAGGGUGGGAGCAAGGCCGGUGGGGCAGCCAGAGUCCAAGUCACAGAGAAAACCCUCUUGGAGCAGAAGAGCAAGACAGCUGAGCGGCAGGAGUCUCGGCCAUUUAAUAGCACUAAGCUCCUUUAUAAGGCAAAGUCAAAGUGAGUCUCACAGAAAUGAUAAAUAGUUAAAAAAAAAAAAAACAUUUAGAAAAAGAAACACUCUGGUCCCCUCGGCAGGUGGGCGGGCUGCAGGCUGACCAAGGGCGGUCUUGGCAGGCUGGAUGAUGGUAGCAGGCCAGGCAGCUGGCCGGUGGGAGCAUCUGGGCUGAACAGCAAGUGGGGUCCAUCAUCCAGAGCUGGAUCAGGGACCCCCCAGGUCUUCUGCCAGGAAGGUCAGCAGGUAGCGGCUGAUGUGCCUCUCGAUGAUGACAGGGGAGAAGCCGAGGACGCGCCGGGCCCCUGGCAGGACCUUGGGGUCUGGAAGGCAUGGUGGGAGGGAGGAGACAAUGAAGGGAAGCACCAAUGUGGGGCCUGCAGGUCACGGCUCCCACUAAUGGCGCGAAUGUGGUGAAGUCUGCUCUCCCCUCGCCCGAGCCUGAGCAGUACUCGAGGCGUCCGAGAGCGUCCUGCUCAUCUGUCCCCAGUGGCACUGCCUAGGGUUCUAGCUGAAACAAGUGACAAGCAAAGCCCCUGGAUUCUCCAAAGCUCAAAUGUGUCACUCAUGUCAGCGUGAAGCCCAACAGUGGCUGAUGCUGAUGUGCUCACAGCUACCCGAGGGCUUCCUGGGUCACCUGCAAGGGGCUAGGAGGGGCACACCUAUCGGUUCCCACAUCAACCACACCUGCCAGUCCCCAGGACACAUGCACGUGUUCCCUUGUACCCUCAGCAGAUUCAAACUCUCCUUCGUAAACAAAAGAGAGGAGGGGGCAGCCCAGCCUGGCCACAAGAAGAGGGUCUACCCCUGGGGCCUGGGAGGCCAUUGUGGCAGUCUGCCCAUCUAGUGAUGGUCUCAGAGUUGGCAGGCCCGAGUCCUCAAGGGCCAAGUGUCCCUAGGUGCAUGCAGGCCUCGGGGCCCACCAGAGUCAGGGGUUCCAUGUCCGCUCACUGGUGUCCUCGGCUGGGCGAUGGGUACAGCUCUGGGAUCCCCUGGUGUGUCGGGAGGCCACCUGGAGUGACCCACCUGGAGGGCAGCAGUAUAUGAGCAGGGCCAAUCCCACAGCCACGCUGAGGCAAGCCAGGAAGCCCAGGGGUCCUGGAGAGAAACAGGUGUGAGUGGGUGGCGUCCUGAACUGUGACGGGGCUGUGCUGGCACAUGCUCUCUGUAUUAGCAGGCAGGCCAUCUAGGCGCCAGCAGAGGCCACAUCGGACAGCAGGGGAGGCCAGCCGGGGUGGGGUGCCAGGCCCAAGGAGAUGCCCGGAGGGCCUGUCAGCGAGCACUUUAGAAGGAAUCUGUCCAUCAACAGAAAGCCAAGAAUGGUGCCUAGAGGAGGAGCUGGUGCCAGGGUAGGGUGCUGGGGGACACAGAGAGAGACAGAGAGACAGAGAGAUGUGGGAGGGAGGUGUUACCCCUGUCACUCAGCUCCCAUCUCUCCACGCCUGAGUCUAGCUCUGUGCCAUCUGAGUUUUCUGAAAACAAAAUCAUAGAGCAGGUUAGUUGUGGGGUGGGCCAGGGAGGAUGGUGGGCCCCGCACCCUCAGCCAUCACCCAAGGUGAACAUCCAGAGACCUGAGACAUGGAUGUGAAGUCAGGAUGUUGCUGGAUACAGGGAGGCAAGGCCAGGUAGCACCAAGCUGUGUCCCCAAGGGUGGGCGGGCAUCAGGCACACAGGCAGCUGGGUGGCACCUGCCUUCCUGGACCCGUGGCCUGCCCACAUCUGGGGAGUCGCUCUGGGUGGGAGACUGGCCCCCAGCCUCACAGUACCUUCUCCUUCACCCACACCGUAACUGGGAGGGCCAUGUGAGAGACCAUUGCACCCUGUAGCCACAAAGCACCACAAACACCGCAUGCUCAAAGUCCAGCUGCUGUUAACAUAACCGCUGCCUUGGCAGCCUGGACUUGGGGGUGCAGGGGAGGGGUCUACUGGUGAGCAACAUGCUGGGCCAAUUCAAGGGCACCUGGGAGCCAGGACAGGUACUUCACUUUAAGCAGGGGUGCGGCACGGUCACUUCUGUGUUUUGCACUUGACAGCUGGGUAGAGAGACCCCGUUCCCACCACCCAGAACUCAGGACAAAACCAGUCUCCCACCCAGCCCUUGAGGCCACACACCACCCACAGCAUGGCCCGGCCCCAGGAGCACCCGCUCCUCUCCUGGGUCUGCACCAUGUCAACAUGGGCCCCCAGCCUUCAGAGCCCUGAGGAAAACUGGCACACUGGGCGUGUGACCUAAGCGAGCCACCCCUCUCUGUGGGCCCGUGAGGGUGACAGGGCCAUCCACCAGGACUAUGGGGCAGAGGCCUCAGGACAUGUCUGUGGGUGCAGCUCUGGGACCUAGCUACUGCGGGGCUCCCACACCUCCCAGGUGAGGCCUGAAGCCUGAGGGUGCCUGGCCAACAGGAGGGCAACUCUUCCAAUAGGCAGUAGCCAAAGGAUAGCACACGUGCCCUUGGCCCGG